GAAACACUAAAUGUCAGGUCACAGUUUCGCAUCAACACUAACUGAAACGGUGUUGAAGUUUCUUCUUACUGCUGGUGUUUGGUUCAGCAGAUCCUCCCUCACAUGAGCUGUGGUUUUCUUCUUAUUUUUGCUGCAGCUGUGAAGUCAGUCAGUCGAUGUUCGUCAUGAAGAUCGUGCUGCUGCUCGCGCUCCUCACAGCCUCUGGAUGUCUCAGCAGCAGAGUUGAUGGUCGAACAGGUGAGAACAUCACCUUCACCUGUAAGUACAACAGAAAAUCCUACGGAGCUCUGUCGGUUUGCUGGAAUCUAGGAGACAUACCAAGCAGGGGUAUGUGCGACAACCAGCUGAUCUCCACAGAUGGAAAUAAAGUGAAAGAACAGAGCGGAGUUUCCAGCAGGUAUCAGCUGAUGGGACGACUGGACCAAGGGGACGUUUCUCUGACGAUACUGAACCUAAGAGAGAAUGAUACUGGACGCUACGGAUGCCGGGUGGACAUACCUGGAUGGUUCAAUGACGAAAAACAUCACUUUGAUCUGACCGUUAAAGCUCCACAGGUGAACACCACCACGACCGCAUGGACGACAGCAGAGACGUCCACAGAGUCGACACCAGCCAGUCAGACUGAAGAUCACAUGAUGUCCACAGGACGCCUGAUGUCCUCGUCCAGCAGUGUCAGCAGUGUCAGCAGUAUCGAGGACAGCAGCAGUUUGACGGGGAUUCUGGUGUGUGUUCUGUUCGGGAUCAUUGUUCUGCUCACUGCCGGCGGACUCUUCUUUAUCACCAGAAGAUGGAAGCGACUCAACAAAAUGCCUCAGCAGCAGAUCAGCGGUUUGGACCAGUUCAAUCCGUCGUCGUCCACGCUGCAGCUCCACAGUCGAGGCUCGGCGGUGGAGAACAUCUACCAGAUCGACGGAGGCGACUACGAGUACUGUCCCUGAAGCUCUGCCCACCAGAGCUGGGACCACGGCGAGCUGUGGUCCUCGAGACGUGAACAUGGACACGAAAGUCAGAACGAACUGUGAAAACGAGGAGAUCUUCGGGAGAGAAGUCGACCACAAAUCCUAGAGAGCACUGCUGUGGGAGUCAUCCAAUCAGAGAGCUUUAGUUUGUAAAUAGUUUCCAUGCUGAGUUCUGGAAGUGGCCAUUUUGUAUAUUUUUCCCCAAAUCGUGCAGGACAGAGCACCAUUCUGGAGACUCUUUACAGGAAUAAUUUCAUGUAUUUCUCAGGAUUUAAUUUAAUAAAAUAUCAUCAAACAGUUUA